UACACAGAAAGAUGCUUAUUCAAUCAUUAUUAUGAAAAAUAAAACUAAAAUAAGUCCGUAUAUAGUAUAUUUAUUGAAAGCAUUUUCGCUUCUUUCUUAUUUUGUAUCCUUUCAUGGAGCGGAUUUGAUUAUGUAACAUUCGAAGAGACCUACAAACAUAGUAGGAAACCAAAAAGGAAACUUUCUCAUGGCUUCUGCUGCUGCUGCACAAGAAUGGAGAUAUGAUGUGUUCCUUAGUUUCAGAGGUGGAGACACUCGAAACAAUUUUACUAGCCAUCUGUAUAACGAUUUGAUUCGAAAGGGAGUCAUCACCUUCAAGGAUGAUAGAGAACUUCCAAAAGGAGAGUCCGUGCCUCAACAGCUCCCUAAAGCAAUACAAGAUUCAGGAAUCUUGGUUGUCAUUUUCUCACAAAAUUAUGCUAAUUCCACUUGGUGUUUGGAUGAACUCGUAAAAAUUUUUGAAUGCAAGAAAGCUGGGAGGCAGACCGUUUUGCCUAUUUUCUAUGAUGUGAGUCCAUAUGAUGUGCAAAAUCAGGAUGGUAAAUUUGGAGAACCCUUCACUGAGUAUGAAAAACUUUUCAAAAACCACUUUCAGAAGGUCCAAGAAUGGAGAGUUGCAUUAACGGAGGUGGCCAACCUCUCUGGAUGGCAUCUAGGCGACAGGGAUGAGUCAAAGUUUAUUGACGAAAUUGUUGAGGCCAUACUUAGACGAUUGAGAAGAUCAAGUCAUAGCAUUGCCAAGGAUUUUGUGGGAAUGGAGUCUAGGUUGGAGAAAAUGUUUGAUUAUUUGGACCUAGAGCAAUUGAAUAAAGUUCGAAUUAUAGGGAUAUGUGGGAUGGGAGGAAUAGGUAAAACAACUAUUGCUGGUGUUGUUUACAAGGAUAUUCGUUGGCAAUUUGAAGGUAGUUGUUUAUUCGUUGGCAAUUUGAAGGUAGUUGUUUCCUUGGAAGUUAUGUAUGACGGCAUACCAGUAUAUGAUGUUUAUGGAGGAACUGAUGAGAUAAGAAAUAGAUUUUGUCGUAAAAGGAUUUUGGUCAUUCUUGAUGAUGUAGAUCAGCUGGAGCAAUUAGAGUCAUUGAUUGGAAGAAGGGAUGAAAAUUGGUUUGGUAUUGGAAGUAGAGUCAUAAUAACAACAAGAGAUGAACAUUUAUUGAAACAACAUGGAGUAGAUGAGACAUACUGGGUUGAGGGGUUAAAUUAUGAAGAUGCUUCUGAACUCUUUUGCUCAAAAGCCAUCAAGAACAAUUUUCACGAGGAGGAAUACCGAGAGCUUUGUCAUGAGUUCGUAAAAUAUGCCAGUGGCCUCCCUUUAGCUCUUAAAGUUUUAGGUUCAUCUUUGUUUGGUAAAUCUGUGAAGGAAUGGAACAAGACAUUAGAUAAAUUGAAAAAAAUUCCAAAUGAAGAAAUUCUAAGCAAGCUUCAAUUAAGUUAUGAUGGGCUUGACAGAACAUCACAAGAAAUAUUCCUUGAUAUUGCAUGUUUCUUCAAAGGAAUGGAGACAGAUUAUGUGCUAAAAGUACUAGAAAGUUGUGGAUUCUUCCCAGAUAGUGCAAUAGGAGACCUCAUUGAUAAAUCUCUCAUAACUAUUUGUUGUGGAAGUGUGUGGAUGCAUGAUUUGAUUCAAGAAAUGGGAAGAGAAAUUGUUCAUAAAGAAUCUCGUGAAAAUCCAGGGCUACGUAGGAGAAUAUGGCUUGACAAGGAUGUCUCUCACAUUCAAGUGAAGAACAUGGAAGCAAAUGCUAAGGCUAUAGUCUUGCGUUCCUGGAAACAAGAGGAACAAUUGAGUGCUAAAGUCUUCUCCAGAAUGAAAGUGCUAAGAUUGCUCAUACUCCGAGAUGUACCCGCGUCUCAGGAUAUUGAAUAUCUUUCCAAUGAAUUAAGGUAUUUGGAAUGGUAUAAAUGUCCUUGUAAAUCUUUUCCAUCAAAUUUUCAACCAGGUAAACUUGUCGAGCUCCAUAUGAAAUGCAGCAAUAUUGAACAACUAUGGAAGAGAUCGAUUAAACCCGUUAAUGAGUUGUUGAAGGUCAUUGAUCUUAGUUACUCAAGAAGUCUAAUCAAGACCCCGGACUUUCAAGGGCUCCCGAAUCUUGAGAAGUUGAAUCUUGAAGGGUGUGAGAGCCUGCGUGAAGUACACCAAUCUAUCGGAGUUAUGAAAAGGCUUGUUUUUCUGAACCUGAAGAACUGUAGAAACCUUGUGGCUCUUCCGAGUAGCAUGUGUAACUUGAAGUCCCUUCAGACUCUUAUCUUGAGUGGUUGUUCAAAACUUAUAAAACUUCCAGAUAGGUGGGAGGAUAUGACCUGUUUGGAGAAGCUUGAUGCAACUGGGAUUGGUAUGGAACAAUUGGAAUUAGCUGAACAAUGGGAUUUCCAUCUCCCACCAUGGCUGAUGUCUUGGACUUGGAAGAAUCCACAUCCUAUGGCAAUUGUGUUUUCUUCAGGUUUACCCGCUUUGAAAGAACUAAAUGCAAGUUACUGCAAGCUCCCAGAACGAGCAAUUCCCAAUGACCUCAGUGUCUCCUUCCCCUUCCUGGAACGUCUCGAUCUAAGUGGAAAUAAUUUUGUAAGCUUACCAUCAAGCAUCAGUAAUCUUUCCCAUCUUGAUUCUCUCGAAGUAUCUAAUUGCAAGAGGCUUCAGUUAUUGCCAGAUCUUCCAUCGACAAUUACAAGUCUACAUGCCAAUAAUUGCACUUCUCUGGAAAAUCUUCCAAAUGUAUCUGAAAAACAAAAUAAUCCGGUGAAUAUUUUGAUGGAAUUCUCAAAUUGCUCCAAAUUGAAUGAUAAUUAUCAAGGGAAUAUCAAAGCGGCAUUUACAUGGUUGAAAAGUCACCUUCUUUUUCUUCUAGCAAGUCGUUUGGUGCUUAGCAUGCGACAUGAAAGAUGUUGCCCUGAGAAAGGGUACUAUCUAGGUGAGCCACAUUCGCUCAUGUUCCUUGACAUCUCUAUGCGGUUCCCUGGGAGCGAAAUUCCUGAAUGGUUCAACUGUCAGAGUUCCAGCAAUCCGCUGACACUACUCCUACCUCCAUGUGAAAAGUGGUGGAACAUUGCAGGUUUUGUUAUUUGUGUUGUGAUUUCAGGAAAAGCAGUUUAUGAGGGACAGCGUCCUUGUAAGUUUACACUAUAUGAGGAAAACAAGGAGGUUUGGAACAGCUACCUUAGUCUUAAAUUCCCUUCAAACGAUGUGCCUCUUACAUCAGACCAUCUUUACAUCUUCUCUGUUGCCAAUCCCAUUCCCAUUAAAUACCCUUCAUAUGUGCGUUUUGAAUCAGGCCAUUGUUACAGCUCCUCUGGUGCCAGUCCCAUUCCCAGAGAUCCUUAUGAAGAACAAGGUGUGACUGAGGUCGAGCUAACUUUCGAUGAAAAUGUAAUCAAAAGGUGUGGAAUACGCAUUGUGCGUGCGAACGAAUUAAAAGAAUUAAUCCAAAAAAGAAAACCUUCAGAAGAAGAUACAGAGUUGGGAUUGGAGUCAGAGUGGGUGAGGAAGAUAAGUUCGUAUCUGGAAUUAAUUGAUAGCUCAAGUGCCAAUCCGAUUCCCAUAGAUCCUUGUGAAGAACAAAGUGUAACUGAGGAUACAGAGUUUGGAUUCAGGGAAUUGAGGCGUUCGUAUCUGGAACUAAUCGAUACAGUAAUUCGGAAGAAGACACGGAGUUGGGAGAUGAAGAUACCGAGUUGUUCGCAUGGGAACUAUGUGCAUACAGAACUAGUGGGUUCUGUCGGGGAGUUAAAUCAGUUAAGAGAUACUCCUUUGACGCUUUCAUAUUGGAGAUUACGUUUUUUUUUUUUCUUUACUAUUUUGAAUUAUUCAGGAAAUUACCCUUUCUCGGUCUUUUAUUGAAUUGAAAUAAAAAUAUUGGUUAAUUUGAUGGAAAGUAAAAUAUUAACAUUAAGACAAGAUUUUAGUGUAGAAA